GGGACUGGAGGCUUGACCUGGAUCUCAGGGACUUGAGACUUGACUUGGAUCUCAGGGACUUGAGACUUGACUUGGAUUUCAGAGUUGAGCUCUGCAUGAAGUUGCCUGUAGUAGUAGGUAAACGGCAGGGCAGGUUCGCCUGCCAGACUUACCCCCCUGAGAAGUUGUUCUAGCUCGUCCUUCGCCUCCGGACUCCCGAAUCGCACCAUGAAUUCCCCCACAAACUGUUCUACACCGUCCAGGUUCCUACAGUGCUUAUCCAGUUUGAGCUGCACCCAUUGACGGGCCGGUCCAAAGAACCGGGACCACAUGAAUCGGAGCCAUUGCUUCUCCUCUGGCUUAGGGUCUAACAGGCUGGCGAAAUAGUAUUGACAGUCUACCAGAAAAUAUUCAGGGGCACCGAAAAAUCCGUCAAAUGGAUCAGGAAGCUCCAUAAAUGUCCAUUGUGGGAAGUGGACGGAGUCCAUAGCGGGGACGGUUGGCGUCGACUUCCGGGUUCUGCGUCUCCUCCGUUCUCCUGCUGCAUCCAUGUUUGGGCGGAAGAUUCUGUCACGAAUCGUGACGGUGCAGAGAUAGGACGGAUGCAAGUGCCGGAUGAACAGUUGUUUAUUAGAAAGAGAGACAGGGAGACAAAUCCAAAACGUGAUCCAAAACGUAAUCCACAAACAUGCAAGAGGUCAGGCGAUUGGCAAACAGGCAUACACGGGGCAAGGCAGGAAUCUAGGUCGAUAAACAAAACAAGAAACGAACUAUGACGAGGGACUGGAAGCGGAUAAUCCAGCGCGAACUAACUCUAAACAUGGACCGUGACUAUGACUAUGAUCCAAACUAAACUAACUCUAAACAUGGACCGUGACUAUGACUAUGAUCCAAACUAAACUAUCUCUAAACAUGGACCGUGACCGUGACUAUGACUAUGACUAUGACCCAAACUAAACUAACUCUAAACAUGGACUAUGACUAUGACUAUGACUAUGACUAUGACCCAAACUAAACUAACUCUAAACAUGGACCGUGACUAUGAAUACGCUACGAACUUAACUAACUCUAAAGUAUUAAUCUUCCGCGCUGUGUGCUGGGAGGCGUGCGGUAUAUAUGCGGACAUAAUCAGCGUCUAAACUGCUAGCAGCUGAGAGCAAUACAGACCCACGUGAAAUCCCAGCCAAUGACAGAACAGGGAGGAGACCUGACAGAAACAUAAACAAAACACACGUGUCCAGAUGUCAUUACGGUCAACAACGGAAAAGCAGGUGCUCACGCAUUCGCGCUUAGAGCACGCUGCUUAAAGGGGGAAUCGUGACACACACACACACACACACACGCGCGCAUAUAACAUGUCGCUGUACAAUUGAACACGCACACUAGACACAGACAAUCCUCAGAAAUUUAUCAUAACAUCAUCUCCAAAUAGGAGAAACAAGUAAGCAGUCUCUCUGUCACACACACACACACACACACAGACCUUGCAUUAACAUAUUGUACCUCAUCCAAACCCUGUGUUCAGCACUCCGUAGUGAAAACACUGUCGCCAUUGUGUUACUGUAGCCAUUGUGUUGCUCCACACACACACACACACACACGUGCUCUCUCCUAUAGGACUCAGUUAUAUGAUCUGCUGUAGUCAUGGCUUCACAGGAAAGAUUCUGUGGGGUCACAUCCCAGUGCUGUCGUGUCGUGUCCCAGUGUGGAUCGUCCCUGUGUAAGGCGUUACUAUGGAAACGGUAACGUGUUUGAACGAGUGCGUUAAUCUAAACCUGGGAUUUGAUUGGAUUGCCUCAUGUAUAAGUCAGUUGUGUGUGUUUUUUUGUUUUGUUUUGUUUUAAAUCAGAAGCCCUGUAGAUCACUCCCGCUCCAUGAAGACGCUUUAAAGGGUUUCGUCUCUGAUACGCUUUUGAGUUCUGAGUGUGGACGAACUGUUCCGAGGAGGAAUUCAAUAAUAAUAAUAAUAAACAUAAUAAACACCGCCGAUCGAGUCCCAUAGCCUGCGAUGAUCGGUCGUGUUUCCUCUCCUGCUCACUGCCAUGUGAACGCUCCCAGUCUCUUCACAGUGUGUGUCAGAAGUGUGUGUUUAAUAUCUUAGUGGGGACCAAAUCUCCUCACAGGGAUUGGAAGAUCUCACAGUGCAGUGUUGACCUUGUGGGGACAUUUAUCUGGUUCUUAAGAGGAAAACUGUAGCUUUUAUUUAAAAAAAAAAAAACAAAACUUAAAGAUCCAAAAUGUUUGGGUCCCCCCAUUCUGGUUACUAAGGUUACGGUUAGGGUCAGGUUUAGGUUUAGCGUUGCAUCAAUUACCCGCAUUCGUUAAUAUGUCAAUGGAAGGUCCUGACAAGAAUAACAAGACCAACGUGUGUGUGUGUGUGUGUGUGUGUGUGUGUGUGUUUUUGCCUUCCUAAAUCUUCCCUCAUAUCAAUCACUCGCUCUGUGUGACCCGCUUCCUUCCUCAUGGAAAAACCGAACACGUGAUAUGGGUUUGAGAGCGGUGUCUGAACACCCACCCACACACACACACGCACAAACACGCUCUUAGAGUGUACCUCUUCGACACGUCACUCCUUUCUCACGGCUCGGUUAAAGUUCAGCGCUCGCCGUGUCUUUUUUUAAACUGAAAGACAGGGUUGUUACCCUGGUCUAAAGCCCCGAGAGCAUUGUGCUUAUCGAAUAGUCUCGAGCUGAUCGAUCGAUCGAUCCGACGCUGCCGGAUUGUAACGGCCUGCGCACUUAAAGUAGUUCCGACUUGGCUUCUGUGAAUUGGUUUCUGGGUGGUGUAGCUUCCUGGAGCUGAGCUCAGGAUAUUAAACUCCCAUGUUAAAGGAAUACGUGCUCCUUAGCGUCUCUCCACCGUGUCCGUGGUCUGUAGUGUACAGUACGUGGGAUUUACCACAGACACUCCAAAAAAAAGAUCUUCAAAUCCACGUGAAAUCCACAACGCAGUAUGUGUACUGUAUCUCCAGUGGCUUGUCGUGGAAAUCACUCGCUCCUUGACUUCCUGUUUCAAAAAUACAGAACUAUUUCUCCACUAACUACCAAGCGUACGUGGAUUCUCUCGGACGGAAGACGGAGAUCGAAACCGAGGACUUUUACUUGCGAAAUGUGUCCGAAUACGAAGUCUACGCUGCUUUGAGUCAUUGGCGGCGUCGACGUUUGCACCCAGAUCUUUGAGUAGACUCGUAGAGAGGUUGCAUCGUUGAAUACUGCUUCUCCUCUAAGCUUUCGGCAUUAAUUUCCACUAUUGUCUACAUUUUGAGACGUUCUGCAAAGUGUUACAGUCGUUCUGGUCGAACGUCGUCGUUACGUCACCGUUCCCGUGUCUGACGUUGUGAUCUUUUCUCUCGGGUCCUCGUAGGAAGCUUGUUUUAAAGCGUGUUACCGGUACCGAACCUCCUGUGCCCUGAUCGUACGCGUUUCAGUACCUGUGGAAACCGCUUAGCGUCUCUGCGGUGUGAACGAUUUGCCAGCGACGGGGCGCAGUAGCUGUAAUCGUGACUGAAAUGUUCAAGUGCAUAUGACUCCACGGUUCUGCACGGGCGUGUUAAUUAUACAUCACGCUGGUUUCAUCUGUGAACAUCUGUCUUUCUGUUCUGAUUAUAACCUUGAUGAUGUAUUUUUAACACUUGUUUAUUUGUUUGUUUGUAAGAUGGGAUUUAUCACAGGUACAGAUGUGGAUUAAAAAGUGUUUUAAUAUCCUUCAUGAAUGCUAAAUAAAAUCUCACGUAAGUUGUGAUGUGAUUGUUUCAUGUAGAAACACAAACACACGCAGAAGGGGUUUACGUUUCAUACGUGAUGUGUGUGUGUAACUGACGUGUCUAUACACAAGGUAAGGGACAUUUAUUAAAGCACUAACAUAGUUAUAUGUGGGUUUAUGGUAAAUAACGACGAAUCAGUUAUAUACAGGCGGUAUUUUAAUAUAGAUAGUGUGACCAAAAGUAUGUGGACACCUGACUGUCGCACCUGUAUGUGUUCCUGUCGAUGUGAAAUUUGAAGCCCAGAUUUAUAUAGAAAGUCUCUGUGUGCUGUAGCGUUACAGUUUCCCUUCACUGGAACAAAGAAGAGACCCAAACACUGCUCCAGCAUGACGAUGCACCUGUACACAAAGCCAUCUCCAUGAAGACACGGUCCUGCAUGAAGCCCUGACCUCAACCCCACUGAACACCUUUGGGAUGAACUGGAACUGGAGCCUCCUCGACAUCCCAACAUCAGCACCUGUCCUCAUCCUCACUAACGCUCUUGUAGCUGAAUGAUCACAAAUCCCCACAACCACCCCCCCAAAUCCCCACAGCCAUGCCCCCAAAUCUAGUGGAAAGCCUUCCCAGAAGAGAGAGUGGAGCGCAUUAUAACAGUAAAGACGGAAUCAAUCUGGAACGGGACGUUCAACAAGCACCCCCGCAGGAUGUUUGUGGUGGUUGAGAUGAUCGACACCGUACGGAUUCCUCCGUGGAAUUUCCACCGGCAGCUGAACGAUGCCAUCGCUGAGGAGCUCAACAAGAAACUGGCCAACAAGGUCGUGUAUAACGUAGGCUUGUGUAUCUGCCUGUAUGACAUCACUAAACUGGAGGACUCGUACAUAUUUCCCGGGGACGGAGCCUCUCAUACUAAAGUGCACUUCAGGUAUGUAGUGUUUCACCCGUUUCUGGACGAGGUGAUGGUCGGGAAGAUCAAAUACUGCAGUCAGGAAGGAGUGUAUGUCAGCCUCGGAUUCUUCGAUGACAUCCUUAUCCCACCCGAGUCCCUACAGCAGCCUGCUAAGUUUGACGAAGCCGAGCAGGUGUGGGUGUGGGAAUACGAGACGGACGAAGGCGCUCACGACCUCUACAUGGACCAGGGUGAGGACAUCCGCUUCCGGGUCGUGGACGAGUUCUUCUUGGAUACGUCUCCCACCGGGCCCACCAAAGAGCCCGAGGCACCCGCUCAAACCGCCAGCGCGGCGUCUGCGACCGCUACGGACGACGGGACGCAGAAGAAAGAGUCUCCUUACACACUGGUGGCUUCCAUCAGUGAGCCAGGACUGGGCUUGCUGUCAUGGUGGAGCGGCUAACGACGGCACGAAACGACGGCCCGUGCUCCGUGGUGGCGAUCCGGUUAUCAGUAACUCUGCAUCAUUUGACCUCGGGAACCAGAGAGAGGGAUUUACUCCUUUCUGGUGCUGUAGACCGACCGACCUCACGGCGUCUCUCUGGUGCUCCUCUACCGCGACCUCGUUUCGUAUCGACGUUUGACGCCUGUAUUGGAUUUUGACCGAAAGCUCGCCGAACCAAUCGGAGAGAAGUGACCGUGUCGAACUGAGCCGCCGCUCAUCAAAAUUGCAUGUCCUUCUGCUCCGUCUCAGAAAUAGAUGACCUUCUUCUUCAAAACAGUGCAGCGAUCUCAUUCUGUUUCAGUCACGGUCACUCACCUGGUGCGAGUGCUAAUCUUACUGUGUGGGGAGGGAAAGAAGACGUUUAUUCUGAUUUAAAAUGCACAUUAUCUCAGUUGCAGGACCAUUUUGGUCCAUUGGUUGCUGUGCGUCAACGAGUUGCUGAUCAUAUAAAAUAAAGCAAAAAUGUAUUUAAACGUUCUGAAUGUUCAUUCCUGUGUCUGAGAGAUAUGUUUAGCGUUUCAUAAAUAUUUCACUGCUUUACUUUUGCUCCAGAUUUCGGAACGGAUGCCAAUGACCACCAGUUAGCGUCCCACACACUGCCAGUUACAUUACUGUUGCUAAAGGAUGAGAUAAUGCUAAAGGCAGUGGUGUUGAAUUAUAAUAGUUUGGACAUAAUCAGCUAAGAUAUGUUCAGUUUCUCAUGUUUGAUUCUUUAGUUUUGCGCUAGAGCUACGAGGUUAAUUAAAGUAGCUAACAAGUAAUGGACGCUUAUAGCCUCCAGUUUAGCAUCAUGCAAACUUUCUUUGGUGUGGAGUGGGGCACACUUGUCCAGAAUUUGGUCAAUCCAACAGACUGGUCCGAUGUUGAUAUGAUGCUGUUU